CAUUGUACUUCCUGGUGUUUUUCUGCGCUUUCUCUAUCUUUGCAGUCGACAGUAACGUAUGAGUCGGGCAAACUAGUCACCGUGAGGAGGGAGUUCCUUGCACUGGGCAGAAGCUUCUCAUAGAAAACAUUUGUCCCGGAGUGACCGCCAUCAGUUUCCACCGUGCGUCUGCGGCUGUGCUGACAUCAGACAGACAGGAAGGCACGCGAGUGGCGGCUCAACCCAAACAGGAAACUGCGACAGCGGCGUUGUCAGUGGCCUGGGAAUGACUGAAUUCUGGGUUUGUUUCAGCUGCUGUAUUGCGGAGCAGCCACAGCCUAAACGGCGGCGGCGGAUUGACCGCUCCAUGAUCGGCGAGCCAACAAACUUCGUUCAUACCACGCAUGUCGGCUCGGGUGACAUGGGCCUGGGAUUGCCGUCGGUGGAUCUGGUUCAGGCCCAGAUGAAGUCCAAAGGCGGCUACGUACACGGUGGCUCUGAAGGCUCACAAUUAUGAGCCCUUCAAGUGUGGCAGAAACUACUACUGUUGUUUAUAGGAGGAAGCAGUUCACAGUCUUUCACAGACGCCGGACCAAAAGAGAAAAGUACUGCUUUUCCAUAAUGUUGUAUAUAUAUUUUUUAUUUUCCAUUCCAUUCCUUAAAUUUUUUUUUUUUUUUUUUUUUUUUUUUUUAAUGAAAGCACUGCUAUCCAUUUGCUGCCAUGCUGUUGCACUGUAAAGAGUACCAGUUAAAAAAUAGAGAGAAGGUAGAGGAGGCUUUAUUGAGUAUGCUCAUCGUCGUAGUCAGACGUAUGCUUGUGCGUGUCUGGGAGCGCACGUGCGGGCGUGUGUGUGUAUAAAUGAGGAAAACUCUGUCACUCUCGUUGCCCACAUGGAUGCCUGUAUUUAUCAUCACAUUUGCAAACCGACCUCACGGUGGCUGGGCCACGCCAGAGACGUGGAACUGUCUGUUUCUUUUUUUUACUUUCUCUCGCUCUCUCUCUCAGAGGUUUGACAAAGGACAGGUGGAGGUAGCAAAGCAAGAUGUUGGUUUUUGUUUGUUUGUUUUCGUAUUCGGAGACGUCGCAUGAUCCUCUGAAUCGUCUGCAGGGUUAAUGAUUGCUGUUUUCUACUAAACUUGAAUUGAGUCGCGUACACUGGACCAUACACCAUGUACACUCACGCCUGCUUAGGAAUUACGCUUUUUUUUAUCUACGUACUCAUAGAUUAAAAUCAUGUAGAAUUUUAAUAAACUAUGAACUUCCUUAUCUGUCGUCAUGUUCUUAUUAUUUCGGGGGGAUUUGUUGUUUUUUUUACGGCUCAGGAUAAUGUUGUUUAAGUAGAUUUUUCUUUUAAAUAUGUUUUUAAGAUCCAGGAAAUAGUGAAAGCUGAAAUGAACUUGAAAGUGCCCCCACCGCACACAAGUGAGUUGGUCAGGUGCCAGUCAGGUGACAGUGUUCUCCCCCUCCUUUUAGUCUUAGUUUAUAGUUGAUGUUUUUUUUUUUUUUUUUUUUUUUUGCCUCCACCAGGGUUUAUGAUUAUUUUUUUUAAAUUUCCCAUCCUUUUUUUUUUUUUUUUUGUCUGUCGGAUAUUAUAAAAAGAACAUGUGGAGGGGUGGAGCAUGGGCCAAAGGUAGAACAUGUGUAUGGCUCCAGUAUAUUUAUUUCAGGUGUGAUCUCUUAUUAGAUUUUUUUUUUCUCUUAAUGACAACAUUAAAGCACAUAAGGGGGAAGAGGGUAUCAAUGAAUUUAUACACUUUUAAGUGCUGAUUAAGAUUGUCUGGCAUUUAUCUGCUCUCUACUGCGUGCCAUGAUACCAUAUUUCCUCAAAUAGUGUCCCAAGGCCUUAUUUAGUGCUUCAUGUGAAGUAAGACAUUGAUUUGAUGUUUUUUUUAAGUGUUUGUUGCUUUUUCAGACCAUGACCCUAAUAUUGAGUGUGUUACAACAGGCGAUUUUUUUUUUCGAAGAAACCCUUGCGUUUCUUCUUUGUUGAGCUAUUCAACUGAAAGAAAACGGGCAUCAGUUAUCGAAAAGUCAAAGCUGGAAUUCAUCCUCGGUUUCUGACAAAGUUCCGUGGCUAAGACAGUAGCUUAGCCAGAAUUUAUGCGCAAUUCCCAAGCCUGUACGUUUUUACUAAAUGCGUCUUAAUUAGUUGUGGCUAUUUGCAGUGCUGCGUUUGCAUUUAUGUUGAGGUGUCUCAACGCCUGUCUCCUACCUUCAAACACAUUCAAAUGUCAUGUUUUAAUGCGAGUCUGUAAAAUUCUGUACAGUACACCAAUCCACAACUCAAUGUUUUGAAUCUUUAGUGUCAUUCAUGAGUCGUGUGCACAAUGUUCAUAUUUGGUGGCAAUUGGACACGAAAAGACAGCAGGCUAUGUCUUGGCAAGACUAAAAGGCCACUAUUUGGCGGUGUAUUUUUUCACUCUGCUAACAAGCAAUAAAGGAAUUCUCAACGUUUGGGCAAUUUAACGUUGUACGUUUAUCUCGUACACAAGGUUCAAACUCGGUAGCAAUGGGAAUCCUGGAAAUGGUCACAUUUACCCUAACUCCAACCCGGAGCAUGAAUAGCUGUGUUUUCCGCAUGGACUCAGGCUGGUGCAGCCCUACCCAAGCUGUGUUGCUUGAACGGAUGAAGCCUAAACAGAUGAGAGGCAAAAUGUCCCCUCAGAGAAAAACCAAGCAAGCCAAUUGCAAACGAUUCAAUGCUCUGAGAAUAUCCACAAACUUGUUCAUUAGUCUUGAACGACAUGCCAGCCAACCGCAAUGUUGCUCACUAAAACUGGCUUCUGUUUUUCCUUGGUUGAAAAUGGGACCACUGUCAAAGUGGAGGGAAUUGUGAACACAAAACAGUUUGGCUUCUGCUGUUUGUGGCCUGAAAACAAACCAGACCACGACCCAGUUUUUGAAGUCCCCUUUGCAACCACAACCAUUUGCAAAUUUCAUCAGGAUGAACAGGCCUGGAUAAAGUGAACAAAAAUAAUUGCGCCUCGCCCAAAUGUUCUCCAUGAUAGGAAAAGGUUCCCCAUUCAUAGUUUAAGUGGAAGUCACACCCAGCCAUUUCAUUAAUUAGAGUGGAGGCCACUGUUUGAGGAAAUAUGCUAGUUUUUCUCAGUCAGGCUCAAGCUACUAAAAGUAAUGCAGCCUCAUCACGGACCUAUAUUCAAAUCCGUACUCUUGUUUUUGUCGUCAUCCGAUUCCAGCACAUUUGCUUUGCAUUGAUUGUUGUAGCGUGGCUGCGGGUUCGGUUUCAUUGGCCCGGCCUUCAUGAACGCACCAACGGUAUGAAUGUUAACCACCGUCCACAUUCUGUACGCCAUUGCUAACCGGGAUCUUUUGAAUGCAUGUGCUUUUGUGUAUUGGUAUCUCCUGUGGUUGAACACGUGUCCAUGAGAAUGUAAUUGUACCAUAAAGCCAGCAAAACGUGUCAGUGUCUGUACCAUGCAAUAUAAGAAAAUAUACCAGCCAGAGUCUUUAUAUCCAUUCUUAAAGAGAUACAAUUGUCCCCUAGUUAGUCCCCCGAGGUAAAAACGUAUUUACCAUGAUGGCGAGUAUUUCCCAUGAUGCUUUGCAAGACUUUUUUUAAGCGUUUAAACUACCAUUUAUUCCUGUUCAAUAUUUUUUGCAUGUGGAAAGUGAUUCACAUUUGAUUUUCCAACUCCUAUGCUAAAUUACAAUGGAUGGAAAAAGUCUACACACUCCUGUUGAAAUGCCAUUAAUAAAAAAUAAAUGAAUGAAUGCCACCUACAACCUGUACAACACAUAUCGGAAACAAAUGAACGGUUUUUGAAUUGUGGCAUGAAACUAAACAACGGAGUGCACAUCCUUAUAACCGGGGAUGUGGCGGUGUUUACUAAUCACGUUUCACCUCAAGUUAAAUGGCAGUCAGCACUCACCCGCCACCAUUUAGUUGCUCAUGCAGUCGAAUAUGGCGACAAAAAUGUUAAGAAAAGUCUACUUGAACAUGUUAAUUUUAUUUGUGGUUGAACAAAGGUACUUUAAACGCAGGCAGGUGUGUGCUGACUCCAAUUUAACGUUGGUAUGAAUAUGACUUGUCUAAACACAGCCACAUCGCCCGUUGUAAGAGAGCAUACACGUGUAUUUUUUACUUCCCCUGUUACUAUACGUUUUAAUUGAACUCAACAGGUCAUAAGUUAAAUUUUUAAAUUUAAAUCUUUUUUUUUUUUUUUAACAUUACAAAUUUGAAAAGGGUUGUAAUUUUUUCUGUCCACUGUAAAAUGCAACUUUUCAACAGCAGGACGUGCUAGAGGACAAGUUGAAUGUCUCCCCCCCUUUUUUUUUCCAUGCUGUAAAUCAACAAUAAGAAAUGUGCUUUGUUUUACUUACAAUAUUGUAUAAAAUCCAGCGUUAGACCAGUGUUUUCCCACCUCGGCACUGUAUGACAUGUUCCUUUCAUUAAAAAAAAAAGUCCAUGCUGUCUUUCAUUUGUGCAAUGGGAAAUAAAUGUCUCAUGUUGAUGUUUUA